AUGCGGCCAAGAUGGCGGCCCCCACGGACGGACUCACCACCCCCCCAUCCCCCCCGGUCUUUUCUCUCCGUUGUAGGUGGCGACCUGGAAGCUUCGCUGCUGAGCUUCGAGAAGCUGGACCGCGCCUCCCCGGACCUGUGGCCCGAGCAGCUGCCCGGCGUUGCCGAGUUCGCCGCCUCCUUCAAAAGCCCUAUUGCGAGUUCUCCUCCCAAGUGGAUGGCUGAGUUAGAAAAUGAUGACAUUGAUAUGUUAAAGGAGCUGGGGAGCCUCACUACAGCUAACCUGAUGGAGAAGGUUCGUGGCCUGCAGAACCUGGCUUAUCAGCUGGGACUGGAUGAAUCUAGAGAAAUGACUCGAGGGAAAUUCCUGAACAUCCUAGAGAAACCCAAAAAGUAGCUGCUACAUUCGGAGCUUGGACAAAGCUCAUCUUUUUAUGGGGGAGACGUUCUGCAUACACAGGUCACAAGGACUGCAAUUGGUUGUGUUGGAAUUUGGACUUCGUCUGACCAUAAGUUGUGCAACAGGAAGACUCGGCCCUGACGUGCUGUCAAAGUUACCUGUUUUAAUCAGCUCUUUGGAUUGAACGGUGUCCUUAUUUUGUUGCUCUCAGUGGCAGCACCUCUUUGAGGUACACAGCAGAUCUUUGACACUGGCCAGCACUCAGCACGAGACAGUGACCCUUUUGUGUGUCUUUUGUCUUAGAUGCAUUGAUUUCCUAUGUGUAAGUUCUGUGCUAAAUGAUUUGAGCAGAGUUUGGGGUGCAGAUUGACUGGUUCGGCAGGAGCAUAUGCUUUUAGGGCAGAGUGCAAGUCUGUACGUUAGCUUCCAGGUACUCGCUGCCUUCAGAGAAGCACGUCUGGUACUCUGAGAGGGAGCUACGGUGCACCAGGAGCCUGAAACUGAGACUGACUGAGCGCAGGCAGCAAGAAGUGUUACUGUGCUGUGAAAUAUCCCUGCAGAAACUUCGGACAGUACCUACAGAAGCAGCUUUGUCAGUCCACUGUAAUUUGGCGCUGCUUACAGAGCUAGAAACUGAAGAAAGUUAGGACGUUGAAAGGCUGUAAUAUUUUCAGUUAGAACUCAAGAAGGGACAACAGGAUUGUCAGCUACAUUGUGAGGAUAGUCUGCUUAUACAGAAUCUUAACACUUCUGAAAAUAAAAUGUUCUGGUAUUUUUAAUUACUUAAAACCCAGCAUCCUCAACAUAUUCUUCCCCUACAAACCCACAAUUUUUGAGACAGAAUUUUUUGUGACCUGGUCUCUUUCAGCACGCAGUUUUGGGCUUUAUUUAUCUUACAGUUGUCUUUUCCUUCUGUUAAUGCACUUCUGCAUGUUCACUCCUGAGAAGGGGUAAUGGACGUGUUCAGACUUUUUAUUUUAUUUAAGAGCAUAUCUUUUUUUAUUUCAUUGUCUUUCCUUUUCCUGGAAAACAACAUUUUAAGCAUUGGUAAACAUGUUCUUUUUAGGUUAAAACACAAUAUUGAAACUUUGGGUGAAGAGCAGGGUUUCUUCCUUCAUUUAGAAAUGUUAUUUUUACCAUCAGGCUUUUCAAAACCAGUCAUUUCCCAGGCUGCAGUCACAUGUGAGAGGAGAAAUGACUUGGAAAUAGGCUGUCCUUAAUUGUUUAUCAAAAUAAAAGUCUAGUUGUGCUGGCAGUUGGGGAGACUUAAUAUUCCAUUUAACUCAACGUUUUGCCAUUACAAAAUUAACACUUUUGGAACAAUCCUAUGACCACAGUUGUCAACUUUGCUUCCUAUUUUCCUCAACAAGUCACCUAGAAACAACAGAUUAGUGAAAACUGACUAAUCCAACUUUGAGGUAAUGUUUGAACCUUAUUCUGGUUUAUCUUUCUGAUGUCGAUAUUGCAUGAAAAUGUCGGGUGCUAUUACAAGUCAAAUCACAAUCCCGUCUUCUCUGUAAUCUUCUCUUUGAUUAUAAACAGUUGUAAACUCAUAAGGAAGGAUAUAAACAAAAGGCUUAGAGUGGUUUUGCUUUAGGGUAACUUACCCAGCAUACAGCAAUCUGUUUUAGUUGAAUCUGGUCCACAGUAGACCCUGCCUUCUGUAAAUUUUUCUUGGUCCUGGUUUGUCUGUACUUCUGUCCUCUAAAAUGCCUCUGGACAGCAAGUCCCAUGACUUGGUUAUACAAGUAGAAGCUUAAAAAAAGGGGGGGAGGAAAGAAGACAUUGUUUUAAACCUGCUUGCUUGAUAAUUCCAUGUUAAACCUUCAAUUUCUUUUAUUGUCAGAAACAGUUGUUUAGGUUUUUUUUCUUCUUUGCUUUCUCUGCACUACUUGUGAUUUUUCAGCUCCUGUUAUGUUUUUGGUUCCAUGGUUAUGUUCACCUUCUUUAUGUUCACAGAAUUCAGUUGUCUGUCUUCUAUUACAGCCUGUCUAAGAUGCCAUAAUCAAAAGUGCAGAGUAUUCAGAGUGUGAACAUACUGUGGAGGCGUGUAAGUCCUAAUUACAGCUUGUAUUUUGUUCCUCU